AUGGUGACUUAUGAAACUAAGCCAGUUAUGGAAUGUAAUGAGAAGCUAUUGAACGUCAGCAAUAGUAAAACUAAUACUGACGUAGUGACUGAUAUCCAAGGACUAGAUGGAUCAGAUGCUAGGUAUACAGACACUAGUUCACUAGAUCAGUCCCAAGCCAAUAUAUUCAAUAUUUCAAGUAACAAGACUAAUCAAAAAUCAAAUACAAACUUCUGUGUAGGAAAGAAGACUAAAAUUGGUGGUGCUGGUAACCAAACUAAUUGCAUGAGAGGAAAGAACACUGAUCUAAGUCUUAGAAAGAAAUUUGCGUCUCCUACUGACCAUUUACUGUCACCAUGUUCUAAGAAAUUGAGAGAUCAUAAGAAUAGUUUAUUUGGAACAAAGGGUAAACCGUUAAAGCUCAAAUUUACCGACUUACAGUCAGAACAGUAA